AUGGCGCUAUUUAAGGCGCAUUGGGCCGUGCCGAGCUUAAUGAUCAGCUGUCUUUUGUGUGGUAUAGCCUUUGCGCUGGGCCACCAUUUUUUCUACGCAUCUUUGAAUUCGCGGAUUGUACAAAGCAACAUUGAACAAGAAUGGAAUAUUCGUAUUGGGACUGGUAUGGCAUUUUUAGUCAAAACGCGUCUGACGGCUGCAGUUGGAUUUGCAUAUACACAACUGCUUUGGGCAACAUUACGAUCACAUCAUGCAACUUUGGAGGGCGUAGACGCCAUGUUCAACGUGACCACCAAUGCUUGGGAAUUUUUAACCUUGGAACUCUGGCAAAAGGGAUUUGGAUUGGUAUUAAUUGCCGGUAUACUAUGGUACGUCAAUUGCCGCUCCUGA